AUGUUUCAAAUGUUGGAAAAGAUGAAUAUAAAUGAACAACAUGUUCAAACAUUGACAUCAUCAAUUGAAAUGGUGAUGAACUCUGUAAAAUGUGAUAUUUUGGUUGCUGGAGGUUGGCCACUUGGUUCCUCAAAGAGUGCUGAAAUAUUUUCAUGGAAGGAGGAGAAAUGGUUUAACAUUGCAUCAAUGGAAAAUGCACACAGGGAGGCUUCUUCAUUUGUUUAUAAUGAUAAUUUAUUUGUUGUUGGAGGAGCGUUCUGCAUGUCAAUGGAGACAUUGAAUAUAAAACAGUUUCCUUUGACAUGGAAGACAUUUGCCACAGAGCUUCCUUAUGACUGUGAGGGUCAUCAAACUGUUGUUUAUAAACAACAAAUCUUUCUCAUUGGAGGAUUCAUUGGUUGUAAAGGAAGAUCAGAUUUGAUCAGUGAAAUAAAGAUUACAGGUACAACAUCUUAUGUUUUGAAAGAGUUGUGUCGUAUGCCUGAACCACGUUAUGGCCAUGGAGCUGUUGUUGUUGAUGAUAAAUUUUUUAUUUUUGGAGGAGAGGGAAAAGAUGACAAAGUUUUGUCCAGUGUUUUGGAAUUUGAUCCAAGGACUCUUACAUUUAAGGAAAUGCCUCCAUUACCUCAUCCAUUGACUCAAAUGGCAACAGUUCAAUGGAGAGAUCAAGUUGUUCUUCUUGGAGGUGGGGAUGGAAGAAAAAGAUUGAACAGUGUUAUCAUGUAUGACACUAAGACAGGUAAGAUUACAGUCUUACCAUCCAUGUUGGAAAAGAGACAGUGGUGUUGUGCAGUUAUAACAGAUGAUACAAUUGUUGUCAUGGGAGGUUGGAAUGAUAAAGGUAAUUAUCUUAAUUCAGUGGAGUGUUUCAAAAUGGGAUGUAGUUCUUCAUGGAAAUAUCUUCCUUCAAUGAACAAACCACGACAUGCGUUCAUAGCCGAAGUUUUACCUUUUGGACAAAAGUAUGUAUAA